AUUCAUUUGAAUAUUAUUUUUCUUGAAGUCUUGAAUGUGUUGCAGUUGUUGAGAAUGUGAUAUAAGUGAUGUUUUAAGAGGUUUUCUCUUUAUCUAAUGUUUUCCUUAAACUGAUAUUGUGGGGCAUUGUGGGAGGUAGGGGUUGGGGGAUUCAGUUGCACGCCAACAAAUGUCAAUAAUAGAGAAGUAUUUAUUGUUUUAAUCAUUAGUAACAGGCUACUCAAACGCCUUUCACAGUCCAUUCAGGCCAUGUUUAUGUACAGUAUCCUCAUCCGUUACAUAUUAUAAAUGAAUGUUUAAUAAUCAUAAAGUUUUACUAAAUAAAAAAUUCAAUAGGACACAUAUAGAAAUUGAUAAUAUGACUGACUUUUGUUAAUGAUGGCAACCUGCUGUUUGUUUCAUGUUUCACAGGCUUAAGCUCUUGUUACUUAAUGUUCAGGAGGGAUGGGGUCAGCUGUGUGAAGGAAUGCGCUCAUCUUUUUGUUGAUGUGUCUCUAAGGUUACAGGGAGCAGAGCAGCUCAGUGGCAGCCGGUCAGUGGCUGUUUGCUCAGUGGAAAGCCAAAUCUGACAGUUAAAGGGAGUUCACCGAUUUCAACAGAACUUCUGGCGUUUUCUCAAAGUGAGGUUUCAUCCUGUGUGAAUACAUGGAGACGAACCUGAAAUCAACUCUGCACUCGGUGAAGCGGUGGCAGCUCAACGGGACGGACUAUGAACCGCAGCAAGCUCACAGCCUACGGUCCGAAACCCGCUUCAGCACCUGGACUCCUCUGAACAACAAGCAGAGCAACCUGCAGUUAUUUGAGGAGAGGAUGAACCUUGUGCUCCACUGGUUUGAUCUGUGGACUGACAAGCAGAGGAAACACCUGCUGCACACUCUGCUCACACGCUGCACCACGUCACAGCUCAAGUACUGUAGUGAUUUGCUGAUUGAGACAGUUCCUGUGACUCGAGUGGACUUCACAGCGGUGCUGCCUCGGUUUCUGUCCCUGUAUGUGAUGUCGUUCCUGUCCCCUCGCGACCUCUGCACCGCCGCUCAAGUCAGCUGGCACUGGAGGGUCCUGGCUGAGCAGGACUGUAUCUGGGCAGGCCGAUGCAUCCGAAGAGGCUGGUUCCUUCCCUACACUCCUGGAGAAAAAGAGUUUGGAGCUUGGAAGAAUCACUAUGUCUCCUGUGUGUCCACGCUGGACUGGCUCACUCCCCGCGAGGCGACAGAGCAGUACGGGACCCUCAACCAGCGAAGCACGGGGAUGACGGAGGAGGAGGAGGAGAGGAAGAAGGAGAGGAAGAUCAGGCAAAUGAUCAGAGAGAAACUUCAGGAGGAGAAGAGACAGUCCAUGAGAACCAGGAGAGCAUGGGGCAGCUACACAAAGCAAGAGGGAGUCAGAGGUGGAAGUACCCAAACAGGGAGGCCUAGCUCUGGCCUGACAUUUAGCUCUUGGCCCUCCCUCUCCUGGCCUCCAAGGACUGUUGGGUCUUCUAGCCUCUCUCUUAGCCUGGAUGGGGGACAGUCCACCAGUGCAGCUCAGAGUGUGGAGAGAGUCCAGACCUCCACUUCAUCCAGUGAAAGACUGAACCAAGCCAGUGGAGCGCUGUCCUCCUUCACCCACAGACCUGCUCUACAGCAGACAGUCUCACCCAUCUAUCGCACCUCCCCUGCCCUCUUAUUGCUGAUCUCCAACAGAAUUCCUGCUUAUGAGUUGGUGCUAAGCGGUGUGAAAGCAGGAGUGAUUGUGGUUGUGUAUGACCACAGAGGGACACUCUCAGCUCUGUUAACCCAGGCGGAGAGGGCUAUUUCUGGGCACAGAGCUCAGAGGCUGGGCCUGCUAGCUCCAGGAGGGACGGAGGAAAUCCAUCUGCUUCACAGUAGUAGCUUGUCAGAGAAGACUUUACUGACCCCUGACCAUAGAGAAUUCUGGGAAAAACUGUGUGGGUGGGUGGUGCCAACUGAGGAUGGAGGAGGAAUUGACAUUUUCUCCCCACUGGCUGCAUCUGUGUCAGGAGUGGCUCUCAUCCAGACUCUCUCUACUCUGACUGGUCUGGAGGUCUGGGCGCCAAUGGGUCUUGCCACUGGAGGUUUCCAGAACAUCCUGAGCGAGUGGUCUGACAGCAGUGUUUGUACCGGGGUAUCAAACCAACAACCAGCGGCCCCUGCGUUCCAGUAUGUGUGUGAGAGUGUACUGCAGGGCUGGUGCAGACAGGCUAAGUGGAUGGAGGAUGUUCUAAGGGAGCUGAGGGCCUGCCUGGGGCCACAGCUACAGCAGGUCAGCCUCCAGGCCAGAGGCCGAGCUCUGGGUCAUUUUCUGUGGGAGAGGAUCUGCCUUGAGGAUCUUUGUGUGUCUAAAGAUCUAAGUGAGGCUCUGACUGAGGGACUCACUGCUCUCACCAGACAUGAAGAGACCAGACCUUUGGAGUUUCUUGCCCUCUUCCUGACAAGAUGGAGUGAGGGGAAGGAGAGAGAGGAGAGUAAUGGAGAAGACAAGAGGAAAACCAAAGGAGCAGAUGAUUUUUCAUUGGCACCACACAGCUCACAGAGAUUACUACCUGAACAAACGGUGGUAGAUUGGAGAGGUGUAAUUGCCAGAGAGCUGCACCAUAGUGAGUGUCUUUAUCUGGGGAGACUUGGGACUGUGCUGAAGGUGUACCAGGAGCCUCUUACAGCAGCUCUGAACUCCAACAGAGCCAUUCUCAGCUACGCUGACAUCCAGAUAAUCCUCAGCCCUGUCUCACAUAUACUAGAGCUCAACAGAGUGUUUCAGGUAGAUUUACAGGCAAGGCUGCAGCAGUGGGGUGCAGAGCAGUGUAUUGGAGAUGUGUUUGUCAAACUGUGUUCAAGUCUUAGAGUCUACACCAACUACCUGAACAACUACACCACUGCCCUGUGCACCAUCGACAAGUGCAGGGAGAUAAAACCUGCAUUUCGGGCCUUCCUGAAGAGAGUAGACAGAACUCUUGCGACACAUAUGCUGAGCCUGCAGGAGCUGCUGCUGUGUCCAGUGUGGAGAAUACAGGAGUAUGUGACUCUGCUUCAGGCUCUGUCUUUACACACACACGCCGGUCACCCAGACCACACACACCUCUCCUCUGCCCUCAGCACCCUGCUGCGCUACAGAGCAUUCAUACAGAAGUUGAAGCGUAACUCAGAGAGAGACAGACUGAUGGAGGAAACGCAGCAGAUGAUCCAAGGCUGUCCGAACCUCAGUGAAGGAAACAGGCAGCUGAUAAUAACUCAGGAUGCUGCUUUGCUCAGAAGUCCUGAUGAACAGAUUCCAGACUCUCUCAGGACCUAUGAGCAGGUGUCUGACGUGGGCCUCUUCCUGUUUAAUGAUGCUUUGGUGCUGACACGGCGAAAUGUGCAUCACACACCGUUCACUUUGUGUCACCGGAGCACACACACUUUCCUGGCCUCUGUGGCCCUCGCCAGCCUGGCUGUCAGAGAGAUCACACACACACGCUAUGUGUGCCACGCCUUUGUCCUCAAGGGUCCUUGUCGUUCCUGGGUCUGUGCCACCGAAAGAGCUGAGGAGAGAGAUCACUUCCUGUCUGUGCUGCGUUCAGCCAUCAACUCUGCUCUGACAGAACAUCAGUGAUGACACGGCGACAACCAGCGAGGGAAGAGGAGGUUUGGACACUACUGUGUGCACCACUAUUUUUUAAGAUUACAAUCGGGAUCAGGAAAUGUCAUGAGACAUUCUUUUCAAUGCAGUGUUAUAAUAUGAAGUAGCACUCCUACCACUGUUUAAAUGGCAUCCUGGAUGUCUUGCUUUCACCUUAAAAGUAUUUCCAGGAAUAAUCCCUUAAACAGAAUAGUUUGUUAACGUAGGGAUAACAUUAUUUUUGCAAAAUUUAAAAGUAUGUGGCAAAUAGUAGUUUGCCACCACCCAGUCCUGCUGUUUUAAUAGCUGCAUUACAAUACAUAUCAACCAAUCAUCUACAAAAUCCUAGACAGAAGUCUUCACAGUUUUUAUUUUUUAUUUUUAUAUAUAAAACCCAAACAAAAAUAUUAUAGAACUUGGACAGUGUGGUGUUAUUCAUGUUGCUCAUAAGAAUCCAGUCUUUAUCUCUAUUCUCUGUCACUGUGAACCAGUCGUAGCUUGACUUAAAAACUGCUGCAGUGGUUUUGUUCGUGUUUAUGAGUGGUUUUAUGUUGAGUUUGCUGACGUGUCAGUCUCAGUGGAUAUUAGAAAGUUGUUAUAAUGUGAUGGCCAGUCCUGUUUAGUCCUGUCUUGUCUUUUGUGUAAAGUACCCGUGUGCUAAACAACUCUACACGUACCGGCUGUUAAUAGAAUAUUGUGGAUUUUACUUGUUAUUGCCUCCCUGUGAAAACACUAGCUAGACAUUCCUAGCAUCUCAAGUAGUAUUCCUCUUUGAUAAUCAUGCCUUUAAAUGACAUCUCUUAAUAUAGUAACCACCUUCCUUAUUCUGAGAUCUUUUGUUAGUGUUUAGGUGUUGCAACACCUAUAUUUUAAAAAAAGACAUCCAUCGUUAGUUGUUAGUAUUCAUAAAGAUUAACUUUAAGAUAUUUAUUUUCAUCUAUUCCAUUUUCUUUUAUGUUUUAACUUGGAUCUCACUAAGUGUGCAUGUUUUUAUGACUCUACACCAACAACAGCCGUGGCUAGAGGCAUGAUGUUUUCAGGCUAACCGUCUGUCCAUCCCAUUCUUGUGAAUGUAACGCCUUGAAACGUUCACUUGGACUCAACGAUGAACUGAUUAGAUUUUGGUGGUCAAAGGUCAAGGUCACUGUGACCACACAAAAUAUCUCAAGAGUUUAUAUGCUAAUUAAGUGCAACUGGACUUGUUGACAGAAGCAUACAACCACAA